CUCCACCCGCCGGGACAGCUGCGGCCGGAGCGUCCGCUGGGGUCGGACGGGAGCCGAGCCCAUGGCCGCCGUGCUAUCCUACGAGAGCCUGGUCCACGCCGUGGCCGGCGCCGUGGGAAGUGUGACUGCCAUGACGGUGUUUUUCCCUUUGGACACUGCCAGGCUUCGACUUCAGGUUGACGAGAAGCGGAAAUCCAAGACGACGCACAUGGUGCUGAUGGAGAUCAUUAAAGAGGAAGGCCUCCUGGCACCAUACCGAGGGUGGUUUCCAGUCAUCUCCAGCCUUUGCUGCUCCAAUUUUGUCUAUUUCUACACUUUUAAUAGCCUCAAAGCUGUCUGGGUCAAAGGUCAACAUUCUACAACAGGAAAGGACUUGGCGGUCGGAUUUGUUGCAGGUGUGGUGAACGUGCUCCUGACCACGCCGCUAUGGGUGGUGAACACGCGGCUGAAACUCCAGGGGGCCAAGUUCAGAAAUGAAGACAUCGUGCCCACCAACUACAAGGGCAUCUUAGACGCUUUCCACCAAAUCAUGCGAGAUGAAGGGAUCCUGGCUCUGUGGAACGGCACGUUUCCCUCCCUCCUGCUGGUCUUCAACCCAGCCAUCCAGUUCAUGUUCUACGAGGGGCUCAAAAGGCAGCUCCUGAAGAGACGAGUGCAGCUUUCUUCUUUGGACGUGUUUGUCAUUGGGGCCAUCGCUAAAGCCAUCGCCACCACAGUCACUUACCCGAUGCAGACACUGCAGUCCAUUCUGAGGUUUGGACGUCACAGGCUGAACCCUGAAAACAGAACGUUAGGAAGCCUUCGGAAUGUUCUUUAUCUUCUUCACCAGCGAGUGAGGCGUUUUGGAGUAAUGGGACUUUACAAAGGCCUGGAGGCCAAGCUGCUGCAGACCGUGCUCACGGCUGCCCUCAUGUUCCUAGUCUAUGAGAAGCUGACUGCAGCCACCUUCACGGUCAUGGGACUGAAGAGUGGGCGCAGGCGCUGAGAGGGAGCCUGGCAGAGGAAGGAGAGAGGAGGAAGGCUGAGGCCGGGGUCUCCUUCUCCAAGGAUGGGGAGUUGGAUGAAGAGACCCUCUUCUUAUGCCCGCGGCCCUCCAUCACUGGCCCCGGAAACAGCCGAGGGGGCGUGCAGCCUGAGGCCCGCCAGAUUGCCACCAGCUUUUAUCAUGGUUGGUUUGAUUUUUGUGGACUGAGGGUCUUAAGAAAUAGAAAACUAUUAAAAAUCUGCAGAUGAAAACACUCAUUUCUUACAAGAAUCAGAUGGUUUCUUUAGAGGGUUGACAGUGUGGCCCCCUCGGGCUCUAGCCUUUCUUCCUCGUUUCCUCCUCCAGGUUUCUGAUUCAGCUCAUUCCAUGGCCUUGUCACCAGCCUGUGCCCCCGCUGCUCCCAGUGUGCCCCUUAGCAAAAUAACCCAGGGCCGUGGCCACAGCCUCUUCCCAUGCCCCUGCCCCUGCCCUCGAGGAGAUGGGGCCUUGAUUGGGUUCUUGCUGAUGCUUUGCUCUGGGUGGUCUUUUGGUCAUUCUUCUUAUGCUCCCUGCUCCCCCCAGGCCCCCCUAAGAGCCAUUCCUUGGGGAGAAGACCUGGAGCCAGACCCAGUUCACAUGGGGAACUCCCAAAUGAGGCAAGUCCUUCUGCCAGUGUCGAUCACAUCUGCAGCUGCCUGGGGCACUGGGGGGUGAAUUAGCUUUCCCAGGCUCCCGCAGCUCCCCUGUGUCAGAGCUGGGACUUGAACCCAGGGCUAACUUUCUCCGCUAGGCCUUGUGGUGCACAUCCAGCCAGCACGGCAGCCACAUAUGACAGUAAGUCAGGAAAGCCUUCAGUCCAAGGACUCUGUGUGUUAUGGGGAAGAGGGAGCCAUCAGAUGGGGAGUAUUGAUACGGCACUUUAUGUUUUUCCAAUAAAGUCUUAUCCAACA